GGGAUGAAUACUUUUGCAAGACACUGUCAGAGUACCAUAAUAACACUGGGUACAGGCCCCCCCCCCCCUUAAUCUUAGCACAGUCUGAAUUCUUCAUGGUAGGGAUUUUACAAGGUGUUGGAAACAUUCCUUUGAGAUUCUGGUCCAUGCUGACACAAUUGGGUCACAUAUAAAAGGGCCUAAUGGGUACCAGUGUGUACCAAGAAAACAUUUCCCACACCAUUACACCAUAAGCAGCAGCCUGAACGGUUAAGAUAGUGCAGGUUUGUGCCAUGAAUUCAUGUUGACACCAAAUUUUCACCCUACCAUCUGCAUGUCGCACCUGAUACCAGUGAGUCAUAUACUAGUGCAUCUCAAAAAAUUAGAAUAUUGUGAAAAAGUUCAAUAUUUUCCAUUUAAGAAAGUGAAAAUGUUAUAUAUUAUAGACUCAUUACAAAUAAACUAAAAUGUUUCAAGCAUUUUUCUAUUUUUAUUUUAAUCAGUAUGGCAUACAGUACAAAAACAUAAAAAAACCCAUCUCAAAAUAUUAGAAUAUUUAAUUUUGAGUUUGAGUAAAACAGUAUGAACACAGUGUAUCUCUUGGUCUAGUUCAGUACACACAACCACAAUCAUGGGGAAGACUGCUGACUUGACUGUUGUCCAGAAGAUGAUCACUGAUGCCCUCCACAAGGAGGGUAAGCCACAAAAGGUCAUUGCUGAAAAGGGUGGUUGGAAAAGGUGCACAAGCAACAGGGAUGGCCGCAGUCUUGAGAGGAUUGUCAAGAAAAGUUGAUUCAAGAACUUGGGAGAGCUUCACAAGGAGUGGACUGAGGCAGGUGACAGUGUAUCAAGACCCAUCACGAACAGACAUCUUCAAGAAAGGGGAUACAACUUUCGCAUUCCUAAUAUCAAGCUACUCCUGAGCCAGAGACAAUGUCAGAAGUGUCUUAUCUGGGCUAAGGAGAGAAAGAAAUGGACUGUUGCUCAGUGGUCCCAAGUCCUCUUUUCAGAUGAAAGUACAUUUUUCUGUAUACGUGUUUCUGUAUGUUGAGCUAAAGUGGCUUAUGGCCCUUUUCCACUACCCUUUUUCAGCUCACUUCAGCCCGACACGGCUCGCGUUUCGACUACCUCAGAACAGCACGACUCAGCUCGCUUCAGCCCUGCUUAGCACCCAAAACUUGCACGGUUUUGGAGUGGGGGUGAAGCGAGCCAAACUGAGCCGGGUGGGGCUAGGGGCGUGAGGAGACACUCCCCUGUGCACUGAUUGGUGAGGAGGAGUGUCCUCACAUGCCCACACGCCCCGCGAGCACGCUGGGAUCUGUAAACACCGUAAACCCGGAAGGAGAAGAAUUACAAAUUACGAGAAUUUCUGAAGCCUUAUGCGCCUCACCUCAUCUAUACACUCUUGCCAGUAUCUGUUGGCGUUGUCGGUGACAACAAGCCACAGCACCAAGACCAGCAACACUAACGACUCCAUGUCCUCCAUGUUUAUUGUUUACUAUCUGGGUCGUGAGACUACCGCUUAAAAGAUCACUGAUGUCACUGUUUGUGCCGCCUAACGACAUCACGUGACAUCCACCCACUUUCGCUAACUCCACCCAAUGUGUCCACCCACUUCCAGCCAGCACGGUUCAGCGCGGUUGUAGUCGAAAUGCAACUCCAACAGCCCCACUCAGCUCGACUCAGCCCAACUCAGCACGGCACGGCUCAGCCCAACUCAGCCAUGUUUGUAGUGGAAAAGCAGCAUUAGUUACUGAAAAGAGAUGUUUUUUUCCAAUGUUGUAAUCGCUGUUCUGUGGCCUUGGUGGUAAUGAGCAGGGUGCUUGAGUUCGUCCUGCUUGCAUCUUCUCAUGAUGUAACCACCUUUCCUGACCUCGGUGGUGAUAAGCAGGGUGCCUGAGUUCUCAUAACUACACAUCCUCCUGCACAUACCAGAGCAUGCCAGGUGCACGCUUUAACAAAGCUUCAUAGAAAAUCUUGAGGCAAUCACAUGAAGAUGCAAGCAGUAAGCGAAUGCCUUUAGAGUAUAAUAGAUAGCAGCCACUAAAACACAACUCAGAGCGCGCAUACUCUCGGCAUCAUCAGAAGUGGUGUCUUCUUCUAUUCUUCUCUUUCCUUUCCUAUUUUAUAUAUCUUUAUAUGAUCUACUAUAAUAAAUAACUGAAAAGAUGACUCCUAAGCAUUCUGAAGUGUUUAUUAGAAAUUUCCAUUACAAUUUGGCGUCCCUGGGUGUGCCCUAUGCGUCUGAUCCUCGGACGAUGGAACACUCCCAAGGCUACGGUGCGGAGCUAAGAACUCAGACGAGAGACCAGGCCAUCAGGGCUCACCGAACCAGUAAGUGAUAACUUUGCAUUCUUGUGUAAAGAAAUUAGUGGAAACAGUAUUUAAAAAAUGAUAUAAGAGACGGACAGAGAUUUGUCCUAGUCAAUGAAGAAUGAUAUAAGAGAUGGACAGAGAUUGUCCCAGUCGAGGAAGACUGAUAUAAGAGACGGACAGAAGUUUGUCCGAGCCCAGGAGGACUGCUAAGCUGUGGUACCAUCAAUAUGUUUGCAGACAAUGGAUAAACACAAUUUUGAGUCAAUAAACUGCGAGUAGUUUAUUGGGUUGUGUAAGAGAAUUAUCCGCCUAAAUGACGACUGGGUAAUCGCUCGCCUACUUGAGGAGGGGAAGUACGGGUGCGUGUUUCGACGGAUUCACGUUCAGCGAUUCGUGGGAAUUGAAUCUUGCUCCCUUUGUUCUGUGUGAACAACUGGCCCAUCUGGGGAAUGGGAUAGAGAGGUUCGAUCACGAAAACGCAAAGACACACCAGUGUGCACGCAAAAUAUUGAUGAAUUAACAGAGUACUGUCCUCCUCCAAAUUCUGAAACAGAGAAACAGAUUUUGUACACAUGCGCGAGUUGUCUCUGAGGUUGUUGUGAUAAAUGAUACCUGCUUUAAUUUAAGGCAAAUGUCAGAUAAAUUGUUUACUAAUAAGAACAUACCUAAAGGAUUAUUGUGUCGCAUUUUUGGACAUAGUCCAACUUGCUCUUCUUGUGAUCCUAAUAAAAACUCAGCCAUUGUUGUCAUAACCUAUUGAUAUAACAGUGUACAAUGAGGAACAGAAACAGUAAGUUAGGGAAAGAAAAGAAAAAGCAAGUAAGUGUGAAGCUACAUGUGCUAUAAUAAGAAUUGGGUGUUCCUAUGACAACCCAAACAUCCAGUUUAUGAAAACCUCGUAUGGCGAGGAUUACUUGGCACAGUUUGACAUAUGGGUAAAGGACUUAGGAUUCCCUGAAAAGGGCAGUUUUAGUCCCAGGCAGAUAGGACAGUUAGAAGAAAAGUUGAAACAGAAGGAAAAGAAGAGCCUGCAGAUAAUGUUAAGUGCUUAGGGGACUGGAGGGCGUUUUCUGCAUGGAAAGAAGAAACACUUAAGAGAGAGUACAAAAGAGAGAAACGACAGGCAGGGCUCUCACCCUCUUCUCAGUGUUUGAAAUUUCAGAUGGACCCUGACCUGGAGUCUGCCCCACCACCCCGACACACACUGCCUCCUCAGCAAGGCGGAGCAUCACUCCCACAAGUGCUUCACCCACUGAAAGGGGGAGAAGUAAAAAAAAAAGCCAAAAAAACCCCCACCUGGGCCUCUGGAAUCUCUCCCAGCCUACCAGCCGCCUCCAGCAUCAGCGCCUCUCAGCGCUUCUCCGUCACAUACGAGAUCCGGUCUUGCAUAUGGCGAUGGAAAAGACACCCUCCUGAACCUGACCACAUGCUCACCAUCCACAGACCCUGGACGACAGCUGACAUGAAGGAAAGCAUGGCUUCUCUUCCCAAUGUGAGAGAGGUAGGAGGAAAGAGAUUUGGUAAUGAGCUGUUGAUAUUUUGCAGAGAAUUCCGACCAACCACCCAUGAGCUUCGCCGCCUACUCAUGAUCAAGAUGGGUAUAGAUUGGAACAAAGUUUCCAAAGAGUGGCCGGAAGCUGACCAGCGAAUGACUACACCAGACUGGAGUGCGGCUGGCAAUAGUGAGUAUAGAGAUACCAUCACUGCUUUCUGUGCUCGUCUGGACAGUGCUUUUCCUUUGAACAUAGACAUGACUAAGAUCAGUAUGUGUAAGCAAGAAGAUGGAGAAGGGGUGUCAGCGUUUCUCGCCCGUCUCACCGCCGCGCAGGAGAAAAAAAACACAGUGGCCUGACCAGGCCCAUGAACCUGGCUGCAGUGGAGGGCACUCCUGAGACUCACCAAGAUCGAGCAGUACGCUGUGCAUGCAGAAAAGCUGCUGAAAGAGAAGGAGAAGACAAAGUCGGCACAAAGAGACCAAGACCUACACGCCACCACUCUCACUCUUCUCCAGACUGCUCAGCCUGGACCUAGAGGAAGACGUCAAGGUAGGGGCUGAGACAGGACGACCUGGAGUGACUCGUCCUGGAUAAAAGGCGUAACCUGCUACAACUGCAAUCGUAAGGGACACAUGGCUCGAGAUUGUCUCCACAGUAACAGGCAGAAGCCCUGUGAGGAGUACAGCAAAGCAGACUGACGGGCAGACUCCGGGAAUGGGCCCUGCACAGAGAACAGGGGAGGUAACACACACACCUGAUGAUACACAUACACAUAGACAGGAGCAUUCACAUAACGUUAAACACAUUAGUAGCAGCACCUGCAUGCAACAGCAAGACUACACAGAAACGCCAGUCCAAAUAGAUACACCUGAAGUUGCAUUAAGUUUGUUAAAAUACACAACUACUCCCUUCUCUAAACUCCCUUGUAUUCCCCUCACUGUAUGUGGGUAUGUGUUAACCUUUUUAGUAGAUUCUGGAGCAGGACACUCAGUGAUACAACAUGGGGUACUUCCAGUAGACCCACCGCUCAGCUCAAAUUCUAUUCAGACAGUGGGCAUCUCAGGACAACCUGUAACCGAAACUUUCUCAGUCAACCUCCCAUGUGAAAGCGAGGGAGGAAUAGUUACAUCCCACUCAUUUCUCAUCUCACAUACAUGUCCAGUAAAUUUGUUAGCACGUGAUUUAAUGUGCAAAUUAGGAGUAAAUCUCAUGUCCACUCCAGAUGGGCUAACUAUUGAAGUAAGUGAAAUGUGCGGUGUGCAGUAUGGGUUUGGAAGCCCCCUGUAUGUGUAUGUCUGGCGGCUCUGCUCAGAUCAACUCACACAAACUCCAAAACACCUUGUACAGCUCGCACGCUUGAACACCUCAUCAGCUGACACAGAUUAUAUGAAAGAGGAAGAUUUGCAUUGCACAGCACAUGUUCACCAAGGGCAAGAUGUAGAGUUUGAAAAGGCUUGGUUUGCAGACCCCCACACACGUGAAAGAUUGACCCUCAAAACUACAUAUUGGUCUAAACAUUAUUGUGCUGUGCAGGUCCAUUUUACUCGUUGUCCAAACAGCUGCAUCAAUGCUCUUCGCAGUGUUCUCAAACAUGUUAUACAUGGCCUCAUGACAGAGGACUCUGAGGUUGACUGCUGCCAACAUGAUUUCUUUGACAUCAUUAAUUCUAUACCCCAUGUCUCAUUAGCAAAACUGCGAGCCGCCCAUUGGAAAGACGUGGGGAAGUGGGUCAAGAAGUGUGCAGCCAAUGACAAUGAAUGGUCCUGAACAGAGGACCCUAGUGUGUUGUUUUGUCAAAGGCUUGGGGUCUACAAGCAAAGUUAGGCUAUGUGUGUGCAUGUUAAGCGCAGUGUAAUAUUAGCCACUGAUGACCAGGGUCCUGGGGACCCUGGCCAUAGUGGCCUGUUUGUCUCUGUUUCCACAGGCAUAACUCCAGCAGAGGUGCACCCCAAAUUGGUGGGAGUUCCAAAUUCUGUUUGGGCGAAGGGUAAACAUGAUGUAGGCCUAAUAAAGAAUGCUGAACCAGUGGUGAUCACCCCCAAAUCAGAUUUCAGUCCUAAACAGAUCCAAUACCCACUCAAACCAGAAGCAAUCGCAGGUAUAAAACCGUUCGUUGCUGAAGGCAGAUGUAAUUGUCCCUUGCCAGGACUCUCCAGUGCGCACUCCUAUUUUUUCCAGUUAAGAAGGCAAGAAAACCGUCCCAGCCCGAUGAGUGGAGGUUUGUCCAAGAUCUGCAAGCAGUCAAUGCUGCGGCUGUUCCGCGCGCGCCUGACGUCCCUAAAAGGCGCCCUGCAGACCACACCCAUGCUGGGACUGCCUGACCCCAAUAAACCAUUUGUUCAAACUGUAGAUGAAAAGAAGGGUUUAUGACCUCUGUUCUUUUGCAGAAACACGGGGAUAGAUUGAGAACUGUAGCCUACUUCUCCAGCAGGCUGGAUCCAGUGGCGGCUGGACUUCCUGUUUGCCUGUGUGCAGUUGCUGCAGCUGAAAAGGCGGUAACUCCUUCCAGAAAUAUUGUGGGGUACUCUAACCUCACCCUUUUGGUCCCACAUGCUGUCUCCCUGCUUCUGUUGGAGAAAAUACGUCACAUUUGUCAGCACAGAGAUGGUUGAAGUAUAACACUGUCAUACUUGAUAUGCCUAGCAUCAUUGUGAAACGUUGUUCUGUUCUGAAUUCUGCCUCUCUUCUCCCUACAGAGGACAAUGGAGAACCACAUGACUGUGUUGCUCUCACUAACGAUUUUUGUUCCCCCAGGGCAGACUUAAAGAGCGACCCUUUAGAAAAUCCAGACAUGAUCCUCUAUGUGGAUGGUUCAGCCUCCAGAGACCCAGAGACGGGAAAGAACAAAGUAGGUUUUGCCAUAGUCUCAGAUCACAAGGUCCUCAAGGCGUCACGUCUGCCCUCGAACCUGUCGGUGCAGGCUGCAGAGCUCUGUGCCCUCAUUGAGGCAUGCAAAUUGGCGGCAGGGCAAUCUGUCAAUAUUUUUACGGACAGUAGGUAUGCAUUUGGAAACAUAGAAAAUUUCUCACUAGCACAGGAUCUCCCAUUGCACAUCAUAAACUGGUCUCUGAGUUGUUGGAUGCUGUUCUACUCCCUAGAGCCAUUGCUGUGUGUAAGUGUGCUGCUCAUACUAACAAUACUAAUCUUGUGUCUCAAGGGAAUGCCAGGGUGGACGCGGCAGCUAAGUGUGCAGCCUCGGCUUCCAGUCCACCCUCUAACCUUGCCUUUCCUCAGGUUUCUACCCCUUGUUUACAGCUAGCGGACCUUCAGAGCACUGCCACCCAGGACGAGAGAUAAGUCUGGAAACAGGCAGGCUGUAUCCUUGCAAACUCAGUCUGGGUUUGUCCCUCGGGCCGUCCCUGUCUACCAAAAUACAUGUUCCCUUUCUAUGCAAAAUUGACACAUGGGCUCACCCAUGUGUCAAAAGGGGUGAUGGUAGCAGAAGUAACAAAGAGAUGGUUCACAAAGGGGUUUUCAAAUUAUGCUGCGAAAUUAUUGCAAGCAAUGCUUGAUAUGUGCACAACAUAAUGCAGGUCAAGGUAUCAGACUAACUCAAGCAGCACACCCAAUACCAGACAAACCAUUUGAUCACCUCCAAAUGGACUUUAUUGAACUGACACCUAGUGAAGGGAAAGGGUGUUGCCUGGUAAUAGUUGAUGUUUUCAAAAUGGGUUGAAGUAUUCCCCACAGCUAAACAAGACUCAGAGGCAGUAGUCAAAGCACUCCUGAGAGAUGUAAUUCCUAGGUGGGGUAUACCUAGCAAAAUCUCAAGUGACAAUGGAACACCCUUUGUUAAUGCAGCCCUAAAGAAAAUAGGAGCAUUCCUAGGGAUAGACCUGAAACAACAUUGUGCCUAUCAUCCUGCCAGUGCAGGAGCAGUAGAGAGGGAAAAUGGGUCCCUUAAAAAUAAACUAAGCAAAGUUUGUGCAGAAACAGAGCUAGGAUGGACAAAGGUCCUCCCUGUAGUACUCACAAAUGAGGAUGCAAACUAGGCCUAAACAUGGGUUAAGCCCAUUCGAAAUUCAGUUUGGACGAGUACCCAACAUAGGAAUAGGGCCAGCCCAAGGAACACUGCCGAACAGCAGACUGUGUGAUGAUGCAAUGUUGAAUUACUGUGCAACGUUGUCCUCUGCUUUGAAAUAUAUCCACAAACAGGUAAAGAAGCACUUCCCAAACCCGCUGAGGGACCUCUGCAUGAUCUACAACCAGGGGAUUGGAUCGUGGUGAAGGACUUCCGAUGAACCAAGUGGAACAAGCCACGGUGGAAUAGCCCAUUCCAGGUCCUGCUCGCAACCCCAACGGCAGUGAAGGUCACAGGCAGAGUGACGUGGAUCCACGCUAGCCACUGCAGGAGGGUUCCUGAACCGGCUGAGCAGGAGGAGGAGGAAGGCCUAAGUGACCAGACGCUGACUAAAGCUCGUGAGGAAGAAAGGCAUCACUACAUGGAACAGUGCGAGUAUCACAUCAAUCACGCACGCACUCUCAAUAGGGAAGAGUAUUUCAGUGUCUAGCCGAUAGACAAGUCUUAGGUUUUCGAGUUUCCUCCAAUUCCUGGUGAGGUGGGACGAGGGCUGAUAGGGCAUACCCGCCCUCUGAGCACCAAUACACGUCAAGAAGGGCAAGGGUUAACUCGGUAACAUCACUGAGGCACUGAACAAGAUGCGCAAGGUUGCUGGACAAUUACGAGCAGAUGAACAUGGAGGAGUUGAAGACAGCUGAUCAUGUUAGUUCAGUGGAUGGAAGACUCUGAUUCUAUCCACCAUACCGGUCCUGGGCUUAGUGAUUGUGAUGCUAUGUUUGCUCCCUGUUUUCUGUCAAUGUUGUAUGUCUGUGUUUCAGAGGCAGCUGACAAAUAUUGGUUACCAGAUGGUAAAAAUAGACUCAGACGACUUGCCUGACUGGCCUCCAAAACCCACACGAAGACCACAACCCACACGAAGACCACAACCCACCGUUCGAUGACAUCAGCACAGUUGACAUGAAAUUAGCCCUAACUUAAAACAUUUUCAUUUGUGGUUGUUUCCUGUUCUAUUGUUUCCUGAUCUAUGUAUAUAGCUUGCUAGCAUUAACUUAAGAUGUCUAUGUCUUUUAAAAAACAGCCUUAGCAUUAUCCCUGUACACUCAAUGACGUGUUAAGUCGAAUCUCUCUGAGAACUCUUAUCACUGAAACUGUGUACAGUUCCUUUCUUUCCUUUUAGCAAUUAUUAUCCUAUAGGAUAAUAAGGGGGGAAAUGUGAAGGAAAAUUAAUGGACGAACAUUAUUAUUCUCUGUGUUUCUGUAUGUUGAGCUAAAGUGGCUUAGUUACUGAGAAGAGAUGUUUUUUUCCAAUGUUCUAAUCACUGUUAUGUGGCCUUGGUGGUAAUGAGCAGGGUGCUUGAGUUCGUCCUGCUUGCAUCUUCUCAUGAUGUAACCACCUUUCCUGACCUCGGUGGUGAUAAGCAGGGUGCCUGAGUUCUCAUAACUAUGCAUCCGCCUGCAUAUACCAGAGCAUGCCAGGUGCAUGCUUUAACAAAGCUUCAUAGAAAAUCUUGAGCCAAUCACGUGAAGAUGCAAGCAGUAAGCGAAUGCCUUUAGAGUAUAAUAGAUAGCAGCCACUAAAACACAACUCAGAGUGCGCGUACUCUUGGCAUCAUCAGAAGUGGUGUCUUCUUCUAUUCUUCUCUUUCCUUUCCUAUUUUAUAUAUCUUUAUAUGAUCUACUAUAAUAAAUAACUGAAAAGAUGA